AUGAGUGAGGACAGGGGGAUAGAGUGCCCCACGUGUAAGGCAGUCAGCCAGAGGGCUCCAUUACGUGAAGUGCAGCUGGAACAGAUCAGCCUUUGCUUGAAGCAGCACUGGGGUCUAAUAAAGACAGAACUGCUUAUCUCGGAUGAGAUGCGGAGCAUGUGGGAGGAUGUGCGCCUAGACCCAGGCACAGCCCACUCGCUGCUGCUGCUCUCCAGUGAUCUGAAGAGUGUGCGGUAUGGCACAAUGUGCCACAACACGGAGCCAGAUGCCUGCAGAGUCACUCAGCUGGUCAGCGUGCUGGGCAGCCCCUCCUUCUCCAGGGGCUGCCAUUACUGGGAGGUGGAAGUAGGAGAAGGCCAUGAGUGGGCGCUGGGCGUGUGCCGGGACUCUGUGGAUAGACAGUGCAAGGGUGAUGUAUCUUGUGAGCAAGGCUUCUGGAUCAUCAGCAAGCAGGCGGGAGAGAUCCGUGCCCACUCCCUCCAGCCACGUAUCCUGCGUGCCAGCCCUGGCCUGCACCGCGUGGGAAUCUUCGUGAAUGUGGAAUUGGAAGUGGUCAAGUUUUUCGACGCUGCCAAUAAUUCCUACCUCUACAUGUACAAAUCUGUGCCCUCUUGUGAGCCUCUGCGUCCCUUCUUCUCUCCAGGACCCCCCAGGGAAGGGGCCACGGCUGUCCCUUUGCGCAUCUGCCAAUGA